UGUCAACAAAGGACUAUGAACUUAUUUGAAAGCUCUUCAACGGGUAAUAUGUCUGGUAUUGUGUCCUGCUUGAGAAGCUUUCAGUGCCCACAAAAGGUAACUCUUGAUGGAAAUACGAAAUAUGAAGCUGAUACAGAUUCAGGUGGUCCUUCAAGGUUCUUCUUAAGUGGAACUAACUGGGCAUUUAGUAGCACUGGUUACUUCUUGGAUUCCAGCAGCUCAGAUUUCUUUAUCUGCACAAAUUCUUCAAGGCUCUCCAUGAAGGAUUCUGAUUUGUAUGUGAAUGCAUGACUUUCUCCUAUAUCUCUGACUUAUUAUGGUUUUUGUCUACUAAAUGGAAGCUACACAGUAAAUCUUCACUUUGCGGAAAUCAUGUUUACUGAUGACAAAACAUAUAGCAGCCUUGGAAGGCGUAUAUUUGAUGUUUACAUUCAGGUAGAUUUUUGCGAUAUACUACUAACCAUUUAUGUA